AUGGAUUCAUGUGCUACAUGCCGCAACCUGGAACCUCUACCAGGACUUUCCGGAGGUUUCAUAACCGGUGGCCUAGAGGCCUUCUGCCUAGUGAGUCCGGGGACAGUUCAGUGGAUUGCGUUGCGCCAGGAAGAAGGCCCAUUCCGCCUUCAGUAUAAGCAAUCACCCAAAGAUAAAGCAUGGAUAGGCCUUCAUUACUAUACCAAGGACACACACGACCCGCUAUCAGGUACUUUUAAACCAAGCAGCGACCUUGAGCCAAAUACUGCAUCUGAGAAGUAUCUUUCACAAAUAAAAAGUUGGGUUACCCAUUGCAACGACAAGCAUGAUAUCUGCAGAAGUCGUCUGAACGACUAUCUCCCCACUAGAGUGCUGGAUGUGUCGCUAGAUCAAGACAAUGUCUUCGUAUAUGAGCCGGUUAAGACCGAUAAGGGUCCUUACAUAGCUCUGAGCCAUUGUUGGGGAGGCAUUGUCACCUCUAUAACGACGACCGAAACGCUAAGUAAAAAUAAAGGUGGGAUAUCAAUCGAAUCGCUACCGAGGACAUUCCAGGAUGCGAUAUAUGUUACACGACAGCUUCAGUGUCGCUAUCUUUGGAUCGACUCCCUUUGCAUUAUCCAGGAUAGCCUCGAAGACUGGAUAAGUGAAGCCUCACGUAUGACAGACGUGUACGGUAGUUCAUAUGUCACUAUCGCAGCAACCGCAUCAGCCGAUAGUAAUGGUGGUUUAUUCUAUCGACACGACAUACUAGAUGCUCGGCACACUACCGAACGUUGCCUUAAAGCAGGCCUACCUACCAUCGUGAGUGUACGCCCAGCACUAGAACAUACGCCCUACUUUGCCAGCACCCAUUACGGCCUAGAGUACUCGACACAAGCACCUUUGCUCGAACGAUCUUGGUGUUUCCAAGAGUAUCUCCUAUCCCCACGCGUAUUAUCGUUUACGCAGUGGGAGAUACUUUGGGUGUGCCUCUCUAAGCGGUCAUGUAACUGCGGGGAGUAUACUGAGACCACGCGUGAAGUUGUCUCCUCAAGCGAUCUAAAGGCUAGAUUUGACACUCAGAUUCGCGGUGGCUCGUUGAAAGACUUGCACCGACUGUGGGAAGAUAUAAUCGAAGCUUAUCUACUAAAGGGAAUAACGUACGACACAGACAGAUUGCCUGCCUUAGCGGGAAUAGCACAACAAUUCUGCGAAAGGGGUCUCGGUCGAUAUGUGAAUGGAUUAUGGGAGACAACCUUACUUUCUGAUCUAUUUUGGGAAUCUGACGUAGCGUUUGGCACCAACUAUGAUAUCAUUGCGAAGCGUAAUUCUAAUAUAAUGGUUCCAUCGUGGUCAUGGGUAUCGGUGUCCGGGUCAUUUCGAUACGGGUACAGCGCCUACGUAUUUGAGAAUAUCGAAAUACUUCAUAUCUCAUACAUCCCAGAAGUAUCAAGGCCUCUUGCAGAGAUCUCUGCCAAUAAUAUAACUAUUCGAGGGUUAUUAUACCGGGCUCGUGCCUGGGUUCCAUUCGACUAUCAGAAGAACAUACCUAACCCAAGGCGGCGGAUUCAAGCCGCAGAAACUCAAGAGAAGGAUUGUCAAAACAUAAUAACAUUAUUCUUUGGUUCUCACUCGAGGGAGCCUCUACCUAGACUUCAGCAGUUCAAGAUGCGACCGCAUUGGAGUUUCAUACUUGUGGGCGCUGGCACUAUUUUGCCAGGUGCCUCUGCUCUACUUCGCUUUUCAUGUUCCCAACUUGUCGUUGAACGGCUGGACCCCUUAGUCAACCCCGGCGUUGUCGGGUCGCCACAUCUUCAUCAGAUUAUCGGCGGAAAUGCCUUUAACCCAUCGAUGGAUCCAAAGGUUAUGGAUAUCCCCAGCACGGCAACUUGCACGACAUGUACCUUUGCCGAGGACUUUUCCAAUUAUUGGACUGCAGUCAUGUUUUUCCGCGCACGAAAUGGGACGUAUAAGCGUGUUCCGCAAAAGGGUAACGUUUAUUUUGAAGAGUCGAACGGUGGUGGUAUGACGAUCUACUACAUACCGAGUUACCAGAACACAACUGUUACCGCAUUCAAACCUGGAUUCCGGAUGAUUACUGGUAACCCCGCGAUACGCACCGAAGAAGAGGCAAUGAAAUUCCGCCAGCUCACAUACACCUGUCUUCAAGAUCCUAUGACGAGGACAAAUGAGACUCAUGACAUGCCAAAAGAGCCAUGUCCUGCAGGUAUCAUGGCAAACCUACGGUUUCCGACCUGCUGGGAUGGCAUCAAUUUAGACUCCCCCGACCAUGCCAGCCACGUCUCGUAUCCCGAAAGUGGCACAUUCGAAGAAGGGGGCCCGUGUCCUUCAACGCACCCCGUCAAGAUUCCCCAACUCUUUUACGAAAUCGUCUGGGACACGACUCCUUUCAACGACAAGUCUGAGUGGCCUGAGGACGGCUCGCAGCCGUUCGUAUGGAGCUACGGCGAUGCCACGGGCUUCGGUAAUCACGGUGAUUAUAUGUUCGGCUGGAAGGGUAACGCAUUGCAAAUCGCGAUGGACACGAAUUGUAAUGGGUUCAAAUGCCCAGAGUUGCAAUACCAAGAGAUUAAAGAGGGGAAUAAGUGCUCAGUAAAACCAGUAGUAGACGAAGAUAUUGAUGGGUGGCUCACAGAACUUCCUGGUGGCAUGCCAGUCACUGAUGCUAGUGGAAAUCCUAUUUACUAA